UCCUCUGGCAGCUUAGCAUCUCGCCCUCCUUCCUACUAGCAGCUGCAUCCCUAUCCAUGCGAUCAUCCCGCAGAAAUGGCAUCAACACCAACACCACCUCCAAGGGUCCUGCCACUUCUUCCACUUCUACACGUCACGCGCCUCUCUCCCCAUCUCAACCUCUCCUCAACCACCUCAUAGCCAAUGUCCGCUCCCUUCCCAAAUGUAGCCUCCCCACAGGGUCGGGUCACCUCACCCUCUCAGUCCUCUUCUCUCCCCCACGAAUGGCAAAAGUACUCUACCCCUGGGCUCACCUCGACGAUCCGCGCGGCAUAGCAGCAGGAUCCCGUCCCUUUCCACAGCAGACGGUGCAGACGUGGGAGGAGAUGGUCUUCUUCCACGCCGAGUGGAGAAGAGCAGACCAGCACGAGGACGAUGUCAAGAUGAUAUGUGCAAUUGAGGCGUACAAUUACUCGCUCCCAGAGUAUGGCAGCCAGGUCUUCUACCUCAGCAAGUUGGACACGACGGGCUGGGCGCCAAGAUUGCAGAGCGCCAAAGUGCAGAAGCAUCUGCUCCUCGAUGGAGGCAAAGGUCCCUCCCCAUCCUCUGGGUCUGCGGGACCGGUCACCUCCCUUACCACGCACCUGACCGUCUCCUUCCUCUCAUAUUUCCUCUCACUCCGCCACAAGCCGAGCCUCCCGACCCCCUCUCGGCCUCUGCGCCACUCAUCGUGUCAUAUCCUCGCCCGAGCGCAGGAGGCUUACAUCUUCCCCAACUCGCCCGAGAACCCGGCAAAGAAGCCACUAAGCGAUGCCAAGCUGGUCGUAUGGUGGCGACAAACGCUCAGUCAGGUCGUCGAGGCGGUGCGGGUGUAUCAUGCUGGCGUCAAAGAGGGUAGCAAGGGCGAGGGCAAGAGCAACGGGGGGCUGCCGCAACAGCCGCGCAUCGAUGCCUGCUACAUGAUACCCGGUCUGGAAAAGCUGGAGAGUCAUCCGCUGGUGCCGCUACCUCCAUCGAUGCUCGGCAAAAGCGAGUCCGACUCGCCCCUCGCACGAGCGCAAUGGCGGUACGGUCACCCGUACAGCACAGCAGGCAGCGGUCGUCACAUCGAGGACCUGCCACCUCUACCACUGCAUCUUCCCCUGCCCGCAGGUGCUGUCGUCUCGUCCUCUCGCGAACAUCAACGCGGGAUCGCCACUCUCCUGCCACGCUUCGAAGACGACCCGCAGUCUCGUUUCCUCGACGAGCUGGCGGGUGAAGGUGACGAGAUAGGCAAAUUCGGCCACCUGCUUCGGCCCCCUCCUACUUCCGGCACGACUAGCACAGCGCCGCAGCAGAACAUGGACGUCGAAAGCCAAGCUACUCUGCUGGACGAGGAUAGCCAGAUGACUCUACUCGGCUACGAGACCGGGAUGACCAGUAGGAGCAAUAGCGGAAACGGGAGCAGUACGGCCAUCGAGAGUCAGCCUUUUGAUCCACGCCCACAAAGAACGCCGAAGAAGCCUCGCCUUGCCGAGCGGGUCAUGGAUUUACGAGCUGCGACGCCGCCGCGACGAUCCUUUUCCAACUCGACCUCCACGCCUCCUACUUCGAGGCCGUCCUCGCCUAUGUCCUCCCCGGGUGGAGGGCCAGUCAGGAGGAGUCCGCGCAAGCACUCACCCGUCAAGGCGGCGGUCACUGACGGCGAACUGCUUAACAGCCCCUCAGUCUCUGAGAUCGUCAUGACCACGCGCUCCGGUCUCGUACGCACACCCUCCGUCUCCCCAACCAAGCGAGUCCGACCUAAUGGAGCCACCACUUCUUCUCCCUCCACCUCCUCCUCGCAAACGCUCCACGCCCCGUCUUCACCGCUCGCACCCACUACGGCAGCUGUGUCAUCAACCGGCCCGCGCCUGACUCAACCCCAACUCUCCGCGCUCCGCUCCCGCCUGGCAUUGGACGCCGUCAGCCCAGACGAGUUCUGGGAACGAAUGGCCUUCCGUCAAGAAUGCUCGAGCGGCAAUCUCGUGGGAUCCUUCUUCCUCGGCGUGACCCUUCCCUCUGCCUCGCGCCGAGAUGCGAAAGAAGACGAAGAGAUGAUCCCCGCGUCGCUGGAGCGGCCCACCCACACGAUCCCGUUGCGUGAACUCAGCAAGGCCAUGCGCACCAACCUGCAACUGGACGACUGCUACUGGCAGCGCGACCGGGACGCUGUUGAGCUCACGCAGUACUUUGACGAGGAGCGGGGCAAGUUGCUGUGCCAUUCUGGGCGCUUGGAGGAGAGUGAGAAGAUCGAGGGAGAGGAGGGGUGGCGCGUUGGCAGGGGCGUCGUCUGGGAUGAUGUGCUGUUAGAGGGCUUCGGACAGAGGGAGGUGGACAAGGCAAAAGAAGCUGCACUCAAGGAGAUCGGGGAGGGACAGGCGGAAGCGACGGAGAGAAAGCCCGUGACCAUGCUCAGUGUCAAGAGGAAGAAGCCGCCCACGGCUUGAGGAGGUCGCGGGAGGCUCAAGGGUUGCAUGCAUCAUCCACGCACAUCUGCUCCCCGCUGCUCGUCUACGUAUAUCGUGCCUGCUCUUCAUCUAUUUUCUCUCCUGUUGUACAGAUCGUCCUCCGUAAUCUCUAUCUGCAUCUCUCACUCAGCUCAGCCUAGCCGUCCGCAACGCCUUUCCCUUAUCCCCACUUCAGUCCCCCACCGCGCCACAAUCUACCUAG